AUGAUUCCGCACAGGACUCCUGCUACGGACUUGCAAGUCCAACCAUCCUUCGCAAUCCCAGCAUCAGUUCCCAAGGAGAGUCUAUCUAUGACUCAAGUCCUUACCCAGACGGCUGCAAAUGGCGACCGUGACCAGUCCUCGGUUGCUAAAGCUCGUCAGGACUAUUCUCGUGCGCUCCCCCCUGACUAUGCGAAAGCAUUCCACGAGAGGAAUGAUGCCCGCAAGAAGGCCGCGGAUAUGGCAGGUCUGGCACGGAGGCGCCAGCUAGAGAUCGACGGCGAAGUCCGUGUCCUCUUCUGGAACGAGAAUGGGCAGCAGCCUAAGUGUUGCCUCCUCACCUGUAUCGUCCCGGGUAUAUUCAAGUUGCUUGACCAUACCCGAGAACUCCAACACCUAGGACUUCGAGUCGACAGCUUUGUGCAAUUUUUCGACCGCCGCCACCAGCAAUGGACUGAUAUCGCUGUCGAGAAAGUUCUACAGCUGCCAAAAGACGCCGACAGGACAGUCCUCCUGCGCUCUUCUGAAGAUGUCACUGACUUGCGUGACUUCCUUGUCUAUCUUGGCGUCGCCCAUGGAGGAAUCAAACGGCCCCGCUCUCCUGACGACGAGGGUGCUCUGGCUGCUCUCGCACCUCCCCCUCCGGCCGAUGAGAAGAGGAGUCGACAGGCCGCCUCUGCAGCAUCACCAUGUGUGUCAGGAUCUCAGGCAAUUGACCUCUCGAAGGUCCCCUCUUCGAAGACGCCGCCGGGCCUAUUCCCUUUGAAACAACUGCGGGAUAUGGCUCCCAAGAUGGAACACAUGCUGAGACUCGCAGCAGAAGCCAGCGGCACUAGCCUCAAGGACAGGUUUCUCCAAGUCUUUGGUUACGAAAUGCCAUCUAAUAAAAGACAGCGUUACUACGAGUGUCAGUCGGAGUGGAUCGUGGCGCCUGACAACGAGAAGGUGGCUGCUCUGACGAGUGAUGAAACUUGGAGGAGUUUUGCGAGGCGCAUGGGGGCACGGGUAGCGGCACGGAGGCAAGGUGCACCUCUACCGGAACCAUUUCCACGGCCUGCCAGUGCGGCACUGCCGCCACCUACAGAGGCAGAGGUAAUCGAUGUCGACGCUAACGAGGCGGAUGAGAACGUCGAGCAAAAGCCAAGUUCCAUGUCGUCUGCUACCGAUGCCGCAGUACCUUCCGCUUUGACUGAUGCUGUUCCGCCGUACUCUGAUCUUGACGUUUACGCUGCCAAAUCAUGCGAGGAUGACAUGACGGAACUGGUGACCGGAUGGCUCAAGAAUGCGGAUGACGGUGCACUGCCAGUCAUGCUGCUUAAGGGUGUCCGACAAGUGAUUGGGCUCGAUCACGAGCAGAUGCAGGCCAACCGCGACAUGCUUGAGGCGGCUGGUGUUGUUGACCCGGUCCCCCUAGAUGUGUAUAGUAUUCAGGAACCUCCGUGGACGGGGGCCAAUAUAUUGGAAGUGCGCCGAGCGGAACGUAUACAGAUAUCGCGUCGCAAGGAGCUGUACUUGCUCGAUGUUCUCGAACAUGGUGAAACCACAGCAUAUAUCGGGAAGACAUCAUUCAUUCCGACCGCUGCUCCCCCUGCUUCUGCAGAGUGGAACAAAAUGCAAGGCAUUCAUCUCUGGGCGGAGAUGUGCCGUUUAUGCGUACUCCAUACGUCCGUGGCCGAGUUCAAGCACUUGGCUCAUACAAAGGGUGUGAUUAUUCACCCUUUCAAGUUUCUAGAAACAGGCCUCUUACGCAUGGUUCCGACGGCCCGCAGCUCUGCACCGUCCAGACCUGAUAUUGGUGACGACGCGGAGGUCUCGUAUUGGAUCAUUCAGCCCAGGCGUGAGGAGGAGAUUGAUGCUCAUCGUGUCGACAUCAUUUGGGAUCAGCGAGCAGAUUCCGUGGACAUGGUUUUCCUAGGGUUUCAAGGCUUUAUUGACCCAGGAACUAGUGAGGCUGUCUUGUUCGAUUGGGAGAGCUAUCAGUAG